ACAGAGGUUGUUUGGUACUGAAACCUUUGCAAAGGUGUCGAUAUGGAGCAAAGUGAUUCAAGCCUAUAUUCAAAGGCCUGCCUUCUGAAAGACUGUAAACUGUUUUACCGCAGUGAAAAGGCAAUGGAUCCAGGACAAUGUCAUCUUUCCAAGAGCAAGUCCCGGCGGUUAACAGCACGAAGACGUUCAAAUAGUAUGAGCAUGUGCAUCUUGCCAAGUAUCCCGGAAUAUCCAGGCUUCCAGGAUAUCAAGCAGAGGAAUUACUCCAGAGCUUCCAAUUUUGUGCUGCAGGACCUGGGAAGAAAAAGAUCUGAAAACCUUCUAAGACUGGUGGAUCAAAACAGAAACCUGGGACACUCUACAGAUCAUUUUACUAACCGGCAGUGCAAAACGAAGAGUAGCUUUUGUGACAAAACUUUGCAAGAAUAUUACAAUGAGAAGCUCAUGGAGCUUAGAAACUAUGAAACCAACAAGGCAAACGGCAAGACAAAAGGCUAUGUUGACGAGAACCAGAGCCCAAAUUCUUUCAGCCAGGGAUUGAGGCGGAGAAGCAGCUGUAGUGCCUUGAUACAGGCCAGUCACCUGAAGCUGACUGAAGACACCAGUGAUGCUGCAGAUCAAGUCAACGAAGGCAUGACAAUGAGCAGUGACCACCAAGGCACUGACCAGAACUGUUGUGAGAGGACCUAUCUGGAAAGUUUGGCCAUGAGCAUCAAUACUCCUCUACAGAUGCUUGUGCAGCUGAAAUAAAAAUUGGCACUUGCAGAAGACACAAAGAACAGUUCCUAGAAACGGACAGACAGAUGAUUCAAAAGCGGUGUCUUACUCAUAAGGUCUGGAGAACUUUGAACACAUUUGUGUGAAUAGGACAUUUGCUAUGUUGCAUUUUACAUUAAAUACACGGACAGUGUGUGCUUGCAUAAUCUGCCACAAUGAGACAAUGUUAAUCCAUAUGCUGGAACAAUUUACAUAGAAUAUAUAGUUCAGGCUCUAUUCUGUGUCUUUUCCUAAUUCAGCUAUGUUUUUAAUCCUAAUAAUACACUGCAAAGAGUUUUAUCUAAUUUCAUCUAGGUCCAAAUUAUUGUGUUUCUUGGUUUACCUUGGGAAAGUAUAUGUAUUUUAGGGAGCUGCUUUUCCAUAGGUACUGCUUUCAUUAGAUAGCAAUAAGCUCUGAAAGUCCUAAUUGAAAACAUUGGAAAUGUGCCCCGUUUUUCAAAGGUCAAAACAAUAUUUGAAACAAUAUUCAGAUUUGCAGUCUGAAUGUUAAAUAUUUGUCACAGAAUUCAAAACAAACAUGUUUUAGCCUUGUUGACAUAUCUUGGCAGGAUUUAGCUUAAUUUGUUAAAUUGUAAGCGAUCACAUACUGUAUGUAUUAAUACCAAUCAGAGGCUGGCAGAAUAUCAUAUCACAUGUACCUGUUACUUACAAAUUAUGUAUUUCUCUUUAC